AUGGAACAUAAGCCACCCGCCUGCUCGCCAACAACGGGUUCGAGUGGUGUGAUAGUACAGAGUUCGCUACUAGCAUCGGCCGUGCUCCCAUCGGACGGCACCGGUCCCGAGCCCGCCGGUAGUAGUUGCUUGUUGUUGUCGGUCGGUGCCGGUAGUAGUACCGUAGCUAGUCACUCAGGACACGUUUCAGAGCGCCCGCAGGAGUGCGUCGGAGGGUCGUCGGCAUCGGCUGCCAAACACGGGGCCGGUUCGGGCACGAUCGGAAAGCCGGGUUCGAGCGCCACGCCGGUGAAAGGAUCGGGCGCUUCGGGCGGAAGCAACACCGGGUCUACCUCCUGCAUAUCGAGCCCGAUUCUCAGUCCACCGGGCAAAAUAUUCGGCCGCAACAACAACGGAAUCAUGGUUGUCACGUCGACCCCUUCGAACGAGGCCGAACUGCAACUGUAUCGCGUCCUGCAGCGAGCCAGCCUGCUCAACUACUACGACACGCUGCUCGAGAUGGGUGGCGAUGACGUCCAGCAGCUGUGCGAUGCGGGAGAGGAAGAGUUCCUGGAGAUAAUGGCCCUAGUCGGGAUGGCCUCGAAGCCACUGCACGUCCGGCGGCUGCAGAAGGCGCUGCACGAGUGGAUGACGAAUCCGUCCGCUUUCCAGAGCCCCCUGACCAACGUGGACAUCCCGUCGCGGAUACCGUACAGUCCGGAGCCGGGCUCGAUCGCGCGUAGCGUGUCGUCGGCCGGAUCCGGAUCGUACGGUGGCGCCACGGGACCACCGGCCAUCGUCGUCGGCGGGGGCUUCUCGCUGAGCGCGUCUUCCAGCGCCAGCGUCAAUCUCCCGCCGACACCGACCACACCGACCCCGGCGGCCGCUUCGUCGUCGGCGACGGUGGCGGCCAGCACUACCCUGGGACAUCUGAGCGGGGCGGGUCACCAUCACGGGCUCAUGCAUCACCACCACCACCAUCUCCAUCCGCUGAGCAGCAGCAGCCAGAUAGGGUCCACCACGAGUGGGUCUGUCCAGCUGACGCCGGCCCUCACCGAGGAUCAGGUGGCGAAGAUAGUGCAGGCGGCCGAGCGGCUGUCGCGAACGCUGCCGCGGCUCGAGCCCCGCCAGCAGAGCAUCAAGAAGCGAUCAGCCCGUGACCUGGAGGCGGUGAUCGCGAUGAGCGACAGCGACCCGCGCCGGAUGGACGAGAUCCGGAAGUACUCCGCCAUCUACGGGCGCUUCGACUGCAAGCGGCGGCCCGAGAAACCGCUGACCCUGCACGAGGUGUGCGUCAACGAGGCCGCCGCCCAGAUCUGCAAGUACAUUCCGGCCCUGCUGACCCGGCGCGACGAACUGUUUCCGCUCGCCCGCCAAGUGGUGCGCGACUGUGGCUUCGGCCAUUCGGCCAGCAUACGCUUGACUGGUCUAAGCCAAACACAGACGCUUCGUGGAGACGAACUGGACACGGCCCAGCAGCUGAAGAGGGCCCGGCUCUCGAGCGACACCAGCUCCGACAUGGGCAAGGAAAACUCCGACGACAAUCGCGACAUCUCGAGCGGCUCCAUUUACCAGCAGAUCAGUGAUAAACCAUUCGACCUAACUGAUUCAAGUAAAUUUUCGUACACUAGAUCCGAAUUUGAUGACACAGAUUCUCGAUUUAGUUUUAGCAAUUCAAGUUCGUCACCAGUUCAAGCUGGAAAUGGAGCCGACCGAGAUUUGAGCGAUCCCGACUACGGGGACAUUCGCACCCACACCCCGAGAGCGCUGGACCCGACGGGCGGGGCGCUCGGCGUGCAGGUCAUCUCGUCGUCCGGUGGCCACAUCAUUGCCGUGGCCAACCCAGCCCUGGCGCUUAGUCCGGCCCUCAGCGAAGCGAUCUCCAUCAAGCGGGAGGCGAUUUCACCGGACAUUUGA